CAAGAAAUACAUAUCAGCUUUCCGUCCAAGAAAAGGAAAGAAAAACAUUAUAAAAAACGGGAAACACACACACACACGCUGCAAGAGAAAGCACAACGUGGUUGUUCACUUGUCAGAUAAUAGAUUUGUAGUACUCGUAAGUUGGCGAGAGAGUUUACUACAAUAAAAUAAAAUCUCUCUCUCUCUCUCUCUCUCUCUCUCUGAUUCUACUUCCAGUAUUUCUCUGUUAUGUAAUUGUUUUAAGCUUGUUUAUUCAGUAAAUUCAGGAAAAUUUUGGUUCUGGGUGUCAUAUUUUGUGUCCAAUUAUGGACUCUGCUGAAGGGAAAUCCUUAACCAACAAAAAUGAUGAGGGCUUUCCCAAGAACAACAGCUCUGUUAGUUUAUCACCUCCUCAAGCCCCAAAGGCUGGAGAUUUGAGUGAAAUAACUGAGGAAUCAUCAAGCAGUAAGCAAGAGCGGGGAGAAGAGCUGAUUUUAAAGAUACCCAAGGCAAUGAUCGAGGGAUCCAUGGAGGAUUCGAUGACAAUAAACAUGCCUCUUUCACCUGCUCCAACUCCCAAAAGAGUAAAUUUUUCCCCAUUACCCAGCCCUAACCGACUUAGAUUCAUUGGAUCUCCAGGCCCUUCGUCAUCCAAAGGAAAAUCAGCCAUGAAAAAUUUCCUUCCCAAACUGAACUUCAAAUUCCGGAAUACAAACUCGGAGAUAGAAAAAGAUGCCAUGCUAGCACUGGGUGCUUCCCCUGAGAUGCGUGGGAAGAUAUCAAUAGCUAGAACAUUCUCUCUUACGAAGAUUUUCACACCCAAGAUGAAGAGGACAUCAUCCUUACCAGCUACGCCUAUUUUGCACUCAAAUCCGGAGUCAGCUCAUGGAGGAAUUGCCAACAUUGAAGCUGAUGUACCUAAAGGUGGGUACCAGCUACCAAUGCAUCGUUCCUUGUCAGUUCCUGUCCUCAACAAAGAUGGAAGCCUGAAACAGAUGGACUAUUUAGGUGGUAUUUAUCGUGUGAUUCCUACUACUCCAAGACCAACAGAGCAGAUUGCUGCAACAUCAAUACCUAGUGUAGCAAUUGAUAUAGGUAUGAACAAUAACUAUACCAAAGACAUCCCUCAAGAAGAAGCUGUUUGUAGAAUCUGCUUGGUUGAACUUGGUGAGUGCUCAGACACCCUGAAGAUGGAAUGCAGCUGUAAAGGUGAACUUGCACUAGCCCAUCAGGAAUGUGCAGUUAAAUGGUUUAGCAUAAAAGGCAACAAGACUUGUGAUGUCUGCAAGCAAGAGGUCAAGAACUUACCUGUCACACUUUUAAGAAUCCAAAAUGUUCAAACUCGAGGACAUGGAGCUCGUCAGCCUGAAGUAACUCGGUACAGGGUUUGGCAGGACGUUCCCGUGCUUGUUAUCGUUAGCAUGCUUGCGUAUUUUUGUUUCCUGGAGCAACUUUUGGUUGCGAAAAUGGGAUCCAGUGCAAUUGCCAUAUCUUUGCCCUUUUCUUGCAUAUUAGGUCUCCUUGCAUCUAUGACAUCAACUACUAUGGUAAGGAAGAGAUACGCAUGGAUAUAUGCAACAAUUCAGUUUGCGCUGGUGGUUCUUUUUGCACAUAUUUUUUACUCGGUGCUUCACGUGCAAGCAGUUCUAUCUGUUCUUCUUGCAACAUUUGCUGGUUUUGGAGGUGCAAUGUGUGGAACUUCCAUUCUUUUCGAGAUUCUUAAGUGGAGAAGAACAUGGAAUGCUUGGUCAAAUACCGAAGGUGAUUCUGCACAGACGAACCAAGCUUCAGAGACCAUUGAUGCUGGCCAAACAGGUUUACAACUACCCCAAAGUGAAGCACAGAAUCAAGGGAGUGGUCAUGGCAGCUGACGCCAGGGAAUAACCACAUCUUAGUGAAACCAAAACAAGAAAAUUUACAGUUGUACAGAAGUAUUCCUGUUACAGAAUAGUUAUUCUACUUGUAGCAAUUGUCGCUACAUCUUGUGUUGGCAUUCUCAUGUUGACACAUAGAGUCAUCAAAUUCUGAUUCUGCCUGGCGAAGAGGCCAGCACGAGUUGUCCAGUUAAAAGAAGGGGCGUAGUAAAAAUCACUGUGAAUAUUAUCUGUACCUUUGGACGUCUUCAUUCCUGAUUGGUUGUGUUUCUUCUUCCAUUGCCUUCUUAAUGUUUGAAGAGUGUGAAGUAUAUUAUUGUAUGUAGAAAGUAACAUGAAUAUAUGCAAAUUGAGUAA